UAUCACAAAACCAAAAGAAUAAAAACAACAAAAAAGUCCGAUAAUGGGUAGAACUUCGACACCGUAUUAUAAUAUUUGGAUGGAACCACUUGAAUGUUGUCGCAGAAUUUUUCUCAGAAUUAUUGACUAUGUCUGAAUCGAUGAUAGAAUCAAUAAUUACCAACUGUAGAAGGCGCAUACAUGUUAUACGUCCUUGUCAAAAUUUAAGUCCUAUGAGCUAAAUUGGAAUUUGUACCAAAUUCAUCUGUGACGUGGAACUCGGUUUGAGAGAUUAUAGCGGAGGUGACGACUUUUAAUAAUGCAAACCAUGUAAUCGAGAUACAUGUAAUGUAAAAGACCGCCGUGUAAUCCCAGUAAUGAAAAUAAAUAAAUUGCGUUUCAACUGUUUCUUGUGAUCCCAAAUUUCAGUUAUAGAAUUGAUCAUCACUUGUCAAGGGAUUUGGCUUUCAUUGCAAAUUCUCAACGUCAUUGGGUAAUCCGAAGGAUAAGGUUAUUUGACUAACUAACUAUGGGUGGUGAAACGCUAACUGCCUGAAAUUCUAAACUCGUAUCCACUAAUUCGCUACUCUUUCCACGCGAUGUGUGACUGUCCGCAAGAUGAAAACGAUGAUCCAGACGAGAUCAAUCGCACGUCCGACGACCCCCGUUCAGGGGAUCACGUACAGCUUUUCAGCAGUUGCUCGGCUCCUUUCGAUUUCAGAGCUGCGACAACUAGUGGGCAGGUCACGUCGUCGAUCGGAUCGUCUCCAGACAUAACGGCCAACCGGUCAGACGACGAUAUUCCGACUGCAACCGAUUCCUCUAUCGACUCGUCGGGAGAAUACAAAUUCGCUGAUCCUCGGGACUUUGGCUAUCCCUACGGCGAGGAGGAAGCUCCCGAGUACCCGCUGAUAACAUGUAGAUCUCAAACGGAGGAGUCGAAAGAUGAUGAUCUGGAUAUCGAGUGUACCCUAGCUAUAAUCAAACCGGAUGCCAUGGUUCAUCGCGACGAAAUAGAAAACCGUAUUGUAGAACAAGGUUUCGAGGUCUACCAAACGCGAUGGGUUCAACUGACCCCCGAACAAGCUUCGGAUUUCUACAAGGAUUGUUACGGGCAACUGCACUUCGCUUAUUUGGUUACCUACAUGUCCUCAUCGCCCAUUCUGGUCAUGGUUCUGGCUAAACAACGGGGAGUAGAAGAAUGGAGGCUCGCGAUAGGACCCGCGAAGGUCUCCGAAGCUCGCCUUUACUACCCUGACACCCUGCGCGCGAUGUUUGGACGAUGUGGCGACGACGUCCAGAACGCCGUUCAUGGAAGUGCGAAUCUCGAUCAGGCGGAAAGAGAGAUCCAUUUUUUUUUCCCAGACUUCGUCGUAGAACCCUUGAUCAAGGGUGAAAUGGCGUCUGACUACCUUUGGGAAGCGAUCAAUGAAACUCUGCUCGAAGGACUGACGUUGUGCUGCAAAAGAAAACCAUCCGACCCUAUUCUCUGGCUAGCAAAUUGGCUGAUCCUCAACAAUCCAAAUCAACCAAAACUGCCCGAAGACAUAGCGAUGAUACACUCUUAACCAUGCGUGAAAUUAUCCAUACACCGGCUCUUUUUUUAGAAAAAAACGCGUCGCGGUUGACAUUUUUCUUUUUUGUCGUUCGUCAAUCGUAAUAAUUAAACUCAAACAUCGACUCACCGAUGUUGGUCCGU